AUGUCCAGCAUCAGACUUAGGAUCAUGAAUCCGACCUCACGGGCUUUGCUGCGUCCUCGAUUGCAGCCCCUUCCGACGCGAGCGACCAUGUCCAGGAGGUCAUACGCGAGUGACAUGCCUGACCAUCCACCAUCACGAACGGAGGGCACUAAUGGCCUGCCGUGGCUCAUAGGAGCCGUGGCAGUUGCCCUUCCGACGACUUUCUGGUUGUUGAGCAGUGGCCAAAAAGCCGACAGGCACAAUGAUCAUGAGCAACAGAAGGCAUUGCGAUCCUCGCAUCCCGGGAUCAUGAACACGCCCCACAAGGACAUAGAGACCAAGGCAGAUGGCUCACAGUCUGAGCUACCCGAGGAUGCCCCGAACAGGCCGGAUAAUCGUGAGAGGAUUGAGAAGAAGCUUUCUGAAAAGCCGGCUACCAAGAGGGUAGACCCUAUGAAGUAA